AUGGCAUUGAUGAGCACCCAAAGAGAUUCUGCCUUUCUUCCUUCAGCUCAUCAGUCUGCUCCUCAACCGAACCACGAUGUGUUUUUGAGUUUCAGGGGUGAGGACACUCGAAAUAGCUUUGUAUCCCAUUUAUACCACGAAUUGCAGCACAGGGGCAUUAAAACAUUCAAGGAUGAUCGUGAGCUUGAAAUAGGGACACCUAUUUCUUCAGAGCUCAUCAAAGCAAUCGAAGAAUCAACGCUUGCAAUCGUUGUUCUCUCGCCAAAUUAUGCAUCUUCUUCCUGGUGCUUGGAUGAGCUUACAAAGAUUCUCCAAUGCAUGAAAUCCAAGGGCACAAUUCUGCCAGUGUUUUAUCAUGUGGAUCCCUCCGAUGUGAGAAAACAAAGCGGCAGUUUUGCGGACGCCUUCGCUGAGCAUGAGAAAAGGUUUAGGGAAGACAUCGAUAAGGUGAAGCGCUGGAGAGAUGCUUUAACAGAAGUAGCCAAUUUAUCUGGGAUAAAUUCAAAGAAUGAGUGUGAAAGAAAGCUUGUUGAAAAGAUUGUUGACUGGGUGUGGGACAAAGUGAAUCACAGAUUCAAAUUGUUAGAUUCCAGAGAGUUAGUGGGAAUGAAGUUUAUACGUGAGCAAGUAGAUUUGCUUUCAGCUCAUCCUACGGAUGAUGUUCGCUUUAUAGGGAUAUGGGGGAUGGGCGGAAUUGGCAAAACAACCAUUGCUCAGCUAGUUUAUGAUAGCAUUUCUACCCAUUUUGAAGUUAGCAGCUUUCUUGCUAAUGUUAGAGAGGUUUCUCAACGUGGUAAUCUUGUUCAUCUACAAAGACAACUUCUUUCCCCAAUCUUAAAGGAUCAAAUUACUCAAGUUUGGGAUGAACAUCGGGGAACCUCUGUCAUUAAGAAUUGCUUGUAUAAUAAAAAGGUUCUUCUCAUUCUUGAUGAUGUGAGUGAAUCAAGCCAACUUGAAAAGUUGGCUGGUGAAAAGGAUUGGUUUGGUAAGGGGAGUAUAAUCAUUAUUACAACUAGAGAUAAACGGUUGCUAGUUAAGCAUGAUAUGCAGGUAUCAUAUAAGGUAGAGGGAUUAGGUGAUGAUGAUGCUCUUGAGCUCUUCAGUCGGAAUGCCUUUAAAAAAAAUGAGCCUGAGGAAGGUUUCUUGGAAUUGUCCAAGGGUUUUGUAAAUUAUGCCAGAGGCCUCCCACUAGCUCUUAAACUUUUGGGAUGCUUAGUGUAUAAGAGAGAUCAAGAUGAAUGGAAAAGUGAAUUGGAUAAGCUGCAGAAAAUUCCUAAGUCGGAAAUUAUUGAUUUGCUCAAAGUAAGUUACGAUGGAUUGGAUGAGAUGAACAAGGAUAUAUUUCUUGAUGUUGCAUUUUUUCAUAAGGGGAUGGUCAAGAAGCAUGUAGUUGAAAUACUAGACAGUUGUGGCCUAUGUGGUAAUAUUGGGAUAAAUGCUCUCGUUCAGAAAUCACUCUUAACUAUAUCACAUGGGAAUGUUGGGAUGCAUGAUUUGAUACAAGAAAUGGCAUUGGAAAUUGUUCGUCGAGAGUGUCCUGAAGAGCCUGGUAGACGAAGUCGAUUGUGCGAUGAUGAUGAUAUCUCUCAUGUAUUCAUAAACAAUACGGCAACAAACAAAAUUAAAGGCAUUGCCUUACGCAUGAUGAGACUUGAAAUGGCAGAUUGGAAUUGUGAAGCCUUCUCUAAGAUGUGUAACCUGAAAGUUCUUGAAUUCGACAAUGUGAUCUUUUCUUCAAGCCCCAUAAUUCUUCCUAAUUCCUUGAGAAGUAUCAAAUGGAGUCAUUAUCCUUCAAAAUUUCUCCCAUCAGGUUUUCAACCGAAUUUCCUUAUUGCACUUAAGAUGCGUCACAGCAAACUUGUUCGGCUUUGGGAUGGAAGAAAGGACUUGCCCAACUUGAAAGAAAUGGACCUUUCUCACUCUGAAAACUUGACCACAACCCCAGAUUUCAGUGGCAUUCCGAAUCUUGAGGUGUUGUAUUUUGAAAGUUGUAAGAAUUUGGUUGAGAUUCACCCGUCAAUUGCAGAUCUCAAAUGUCUUAAUAUGUUGUGGCUUUGCUUUUGCUCAAAAUUGAAAAAGAUUCCAGAAUUUUCAAGGCAAAUGAAAAAUUUGUUCUUUCUUAGGCUAGAAAAGACGUCCAUUGAGAAAUUACCUUCAUCAAUAGGAUGUCUGGUUGGCCUUACUUUUCUGUUUCUAGAUGAUUGCAAAAAUCUUGCGGGUCUUCCGAGUGAAAUUUGUAAUUUGAAGUCUCUUAAAGAACUGGGUGCGGGUGGAUGCUCAGAAAUUGACAAGCUCCCAGAGAACAUGGGGGAGAUGGAGUCUCUUACAUUGCUUCAAUUGUAUGGAACUUCUAUAAGACAGCUGCCACGCUCUGUUGUUGGUUUGAAAGAACUAGGCAUGCUAGAUUUGGGUAGAAGUGGAUCACCCGGUUUAUAUCAAAACAGAAAUGGUUUUGUGUUAAGUUCGUUAGAUGGUUUAUUGUCUUUGAGGGAAUUGGAUCUGAGUAAUCGUGGACUUUGUGAAGGGGAUCUUCCCAGUGAUAUUGGCUGCUUGUCCUCUUUAGUAGAAUUAAAGCUUAGUGGAAACAAUUUUGUUAGCCUUCCUGCAAGCAUCGGAUGUCUCUCUAAGCUUAAGUUAUUUUGGGUGAAUGGGUGCCAAGGGCUUCAACAAUUGCCAGAUCUUUCUAAGCUUAUCUCAUUAGUGGAUAUAGACAUAGCCGGUUGCACUUCCUUAAAAAUGUUACCACAUCUUUCGUCAAAUUGCUCAUUAGUGGAUAUAGACGAAAAAAGAUUUUUUCUAAGCUCUUUCGGCAAGGGCUUCAAAAACUCCGAAAUACGUUUUAUUAGUUUUAAUUGUCCCAAUUGCUUUGUAUUGGUUGACAAUGAAGGCAGCGAUAGUAUAAUACUGAAAAUGCUACAGCGAUACCUUCAGAUUCAGCUUCUGCUUCAGUUGGAGUUUCAGCUUCAGCUUCAGCGUGAGGCAAUCCGUGGCCCUCGUUUCCCAAUCCUCUUCGAAAUUGUAACUCCUGGAAGGAAAAUUCCAGAGUGGUUCAGUAAUCAAAGUUUGGGAGCUUCCCUAACUGUGGAGCUACCUCUGGAUUCAUGUACCACGUCGAUCGGAAUUGCUUUAUGUGCUGUGUUUGAAGUUCAGGCUGAUAUUCCUGAAUGUCAUUAUUUUCAAAUUAGGUGUCACCCACUUGGAUUAUGGCCACUUGGAUUUUCAAAAUAUUUUAAAAUAGGUGAUGUUGUGUCAGAUCACCUUUGGUCUCAUCAUUAUUUUCAAGGCAGAGUGUCGAUAAGCUUAAAGUCUUGCGCGAGUGUGAAGAAGUGUGGGUUUCAUUUGGUGCACGAGCAAGAUGUGGAACAACUCAACCAGAUCAUGAUGAACAAAUCCAUCAUCAAGAGCACUACUACUUGUCCUACCAAAUCAGCUGAUGCACAAGGUCAACAACGCCACGAUGACGAGGAGGCUAGUCCUAGUGGAAGUGGUAGCUCUCACCAAAAAUCUCUCUUCUGCAAUACCCAUGCUCUUUCCGAAGAUGCAGACUUAAAUGAUGUUGUUGAAGAAGCUCGGACCAGAAAAAGAAAAAAGAUCGAUUCAACUGAAAUUUGGGUUCCUGAUGCCAUGGUCGAUACUGGGCACACUGCUAAUGUGCAACUUGAACUGAUUGAAAGUAGUCGUGUACUUAUUGGCCAGGAUGGAAUAAGACAACAAGAAUUCUCAUUCAGACCCACAGGAAUUCUGAGAGGUUCAUUAACAUCAGAAUAUGUUGAGCAGAAUUUGGCAGAACUAGUUCUAUUUUGA